AUGAAAAAAUUCGAUGGUCGUAUGAAAUUAGAAAAUGAUAAGAAGCGACUGCGUUUACCACCGUGGCUGAAAAAGGAUAUAAUUCCUCUUGAAAAUGCUAAUUAUGUAACAAUUAAAAAACAAAUGAAAUCACAUAGACUCGCAACGAAGGUAGUUUUCGAUCGGAACAAAAAGAUAACCAUGGUAGCAGAACAGGAAAGCUUAUUUAUUGAUGUUAAUUUUCGGGUAUGUGAAGAGGCACGGUGUCCAAAUAUUGGUGAGUGUUGGGGUGGUUCGACUGAUUUUCCUGCUACAGCUACUAUUAUGCUUAUGGGUGAUACAUGUACUCGUGGUUGUAGAUUCUGCUCAGUGAAAACAGCGAGGAAGCCUGCAAAUUUAGAUCCUUUGGAACCAGAGAAAAUAGCUAAAUCGGUUGCUCAGUGGGGUGUCGGAUAUGUUGUUCUUACAUCAGUGGAUAGAGAUGAUUUACCUGAUGGAGGUGCUUCGCACAUUGCAAAUACAGUUUGGCAUCUGAAGAAAGAAUGUCCAUCGAUAAUUAUUGAAUGCCUUUUACCAGAUUUCGCUGGAUCAUUUGAGUGUAUAGAAAUUGUUGCAAAAUCGGGUCUUGAAGUGUAUGCUCAUAAUAUAGAAACGGUGAGGCGAUUAACGCCAACAGUAAGGGAUCCCCGAGCGAAAUAUGACCAGUCUCUUAAUGUUUUAAAGUAUGCGAAAGAGUUAAAUGAUGGUCUGAUAACAAAAUCGUCAAUCAUGCUGGGUUUGGGUGAGACUGACAGUGAGGUGAUUGAGACAUUAAAAGACUUGAGAAGCGUCGGGGUUCAAGCAUUAACCUUGGGCCAAUAUAUGCAGCCAACCAAAAGACAUCUGCUGGUUAAGGAAUGGAUCACCCCUGAAAAAUUUGAAUAUUGGAAAAAGCUAGGUGAUGAACUAGGAUUUCUUUAUACAGCAAGUGGACCUUUGGUUAGAUCGUCUUACAAAGCCGGAGAAUAUUUCUUAUCGAAUAUUGUAAAAAGAGAAUAUGCUUCUGUUCGAAAAGAUUGA